GGCGAGGCUCAACAGGCGUGCGUUAUCAGGCUAGCGCGUUUUUCGAAGUUAUGUCGUCGUCCCAAAGUGCCAGCGCGCGGACUUCGCGAAGAGAUGUGCGGGAGAAGACGCGAGAAAAAUCGCGGAGACUGCGAAGCGAAAACCGAAUCAAGAUCACCAAGUCGAUCGGAACGGCCUACUGCGCCCUGAGAGAGGUUCGAAGCACGGCACGCCAGACCCUCGCGAACGUCAAAUCUGCGGUUGAAAACAUCUCGAACAAAUGCCUACAGGGAGGUCGGAGCCGUACGAAGUACCGGCUUCCUCCGGGACCAUACUCUCCCCUGCACUGCCAGACACCCGUGAAGUUGUACUCUCCUUUCGGCAUCGAGACGCCCAGUCCUGUCACUCCUCGUCGCAGGACGCCCAACCGCCGAACACCCAAAACGCGUGCAUUGGGAACACCUGCCAGGAAGUUGAGAGAGGAACUGAAAGAGAUUGAGGCGGGCAUUGGAGAGCUGCACACGGUGGCCGAGAAGAUCUCCAAGAGACAAGCCAAAAGGACUUGAACGAGACCGGCGCUGUGCCUUCUGUCACAGUGUUCAUGGAGUAUGCCAAAGCCAAUGCAUCCACCGCCGAUAUAUGUUGAGCGUGCAUUUCCUGAGGCAUUAGCAUUUAGCCAUUACCUAUGAACCUAUGUAACUUCAUGUAAGGUACUAACUUUUUUAAGCAUGUAGGCUCGCAUAUGCCACCUAUAGUUGGUUAUGUCGAACAAAAAGAUGCUCAGCCCGCAGCCAUCGCACCUCACAGAGAGGCAAUUUGCACAGACGCUCCAUCCAGUUGCGUUUGCCUAUUUUUGUGACAUCAAGAACAUUGCGUGUUUAAAAUGGUUGAUUUUACAAUACAGAUAUAUGUUUGCUUUGCUGAUUUUACGCUGAAAACUCAAACGUCCUGGCAAAUUUUAUUGUAGGUUCUGACGUCACUGUUCAGCCAAUGUAAUAUGUUAGAUAGGAGCAACGAACGUUUAAAUAUGUGUACCAUUUACAUUAGCAGAGAAAAAGUAUGUACACAUCAAAUGAAAACCAGCCAGCGCAACUCUUACACAGCUGGAUGACAGGGGCUAAUAUUUUUUCUUACAUAUAGUAACUGACUUUAGACCAGCUGGUGCCACAAGCGAGAUUGCAGACCUUUGUGCUAAAGUAGUUUCUGUACGAAAUCCCAUGUUGUGGCCUCCCAACUUGUGAAGCAGAGAGCUUUAUCUUGUCUAUGAAGUACUGCCAUUCGUGGGAUGCCAAGGUGUGGCACAGUUCAACCAGAGACUGAGUUGUUAUCAUGACGGCCAAAGCUAUUCUGUUUAUCUGUUGGCAGAAAGGUAUUUAACAUAGUUCAUUUUCUUGUCCUUUGACGAGAACAUCCAACACAAAAACUGUGUUCUGGUUGCUGUAAUAUAACUUACCAGGACAGUUGCUGCUGACCAUGUUUCCAGUGACGACGCAGUACAAUAUCUGCUUGAACAAAUUGAAACUUUAAUGCUUAAAUACUCUCAUAGCUGCAGCUGUGCUGGCCAUUACGCUGCUUUCUCAAUUUUGGCAGUUAUCUUUUUUAGGACUUUAUUUUUUCCUGCAUGUACAGUGCUGACAUUAGUGAACCAAAGUUUUUUACAUUUACACGAACAAAAGCCUGCCCUGCCAAGUUAUCAAGUGAUUGACGUGCCAAGCAUGUUGUAGAAGGGCUUGCAGAAAGGCGCAUGGUUGUGUCAGUCGACGCAGUGAUUAGCUCAGCUACGUUUGAAAACUGUGUGUUGUGUAGCUAAUAUGCCUGAAGGCUGGCUUUAAAGUACUGUUAUAUUAUACUUGAGAUUCCAGCUAUUUUAUUUAUUAGGCAGCUUCUGUCACAUUGUUGCAUGUUGUGUAUGUCACCUAUACCCAACGAAUAAAACGUUUAUACAUUCGA